UUUAUGCUUAUACACCUUAGUUACACUUGGCAAAUAUGAAGUUACUCCUUCUCUUGGGGCUGGUAAUUCUGGCAGAAUGUGGCAUGGUCAAAGUCCCUCUCAGAAAGGCAGAGUCUUUCCGCAGCCGUCUAAACAGAUUGGGGUUACUGGGUGACUACCUACGUAAUAAUCCUUAUAAUCCGGCAACUAAGUAUUUUCCAAGUUUAGCUCAGACAUCUGCUGAACCUCUUCAGAACUACAUGGAUAUUGAGUAUUUUGGAACUAUUUCUAUUGGAACCCCACCUCAGUCUUUCACGGUCAUAUUUGAUACAGGAUCCUCUAACUUGUGGGUGCCUUCAGUUUAUUGCUCUAGUCCAGCUUGCACCAACCACCAUAUGUUCAACCCACAGAAAUCAUCCACAUUCCAAGCUACCAACACUCCUUUAUCCAUCCAGUAUGGAACUGGAAGUAUGACUGGCUUCCUUGGAUAUGACACUGUACAGGUUGGAAACAUACAAGUCACAAAUCAGAUAUUCGGUUUGAGUGAAACUGAACCUGGCUCCUUCCUGUACUAUUCUCCAUUUGAUGGAAUCUUGGGACUCGCAUUUCCAAGUCUGGCAUCUUCUCAAGCUACUCCAGUUUUUGACAAUAUGUGGAACCAGGGUCUAAUUCCCCAAGACCUCUUCUCUGUCUAUCUAAGCUCUCAAGGACAGAGUGGCAGCUUUGUGCUGUUUGGUGGAGUUGAUACCUCAUAUUAUAGUGGCAGUUUAACUUGGGUACCUCUGACUGCUGAAACAUACUGGCAAAUAACAGUUGACAGCAUUUCAAUCAAUGGACAAGUCAUUGCUUGUAGUGGCUCUUGCCAAGCCAUUGUGGAUACUGGUACAUCUCUUCUUGCUGGUCCAUCCAGUCCCAUUUCCAACAUUCAGUACUACAUUGGCGCAAAUCAGGAUUCAAAUGGACAGUAUGUUAUCAACUGCAACAACAUCAGCAGCAUGCCAACUAUUGUUUUUACCAUCAAUGGUGUACAAUUUCCACUGCCAGCCAGUGCCUAUGUGCGUCAGGAUGAGCAAGGUUGCACCAGUGGAUUCCAGGCCAUGAAUCUGCCAACCAACUCAGGGGAUUUGUGGAUCCUGGGAGACGUUUUUAUCCGUGAAUAUUAUGUAGUGUUUGAUAGGGCCAAUAAUUAUGUAGCAAUGGCUCCAAUUGCAUAAGUAAUAUCUCCCCAUGUAGUCUCCUGGGCUAACGUACAGUAACUGUUGCUUGAAUAGUGUUGCAGCUAUGAAAGUUUAAUUUUCACUCCUCUAAUGUUCAAAAUGUUCAAAAUUAUGUAAUACCAUAUAUUUAGCAAAAUAACCU